AUUUUUUCCUAAAAACAACAGGUGUUGCGCAAGGAAAUGGUUUGUCGACAAAAUUAUACAGAUGUUAGAUGAGAUCAGCAAACAUCAGCGGAUUAACUUCUACAGUUCUACCUUGGACUUCUAGUUCUUUCGCUCGUUUAGACUUUAGUUGCUAUUAUCUCAAUUCCCGCGAAGAUUUCGUUGAUCAGAUUCGUGCUUUGGGUUUCUCAUCUCUUAGCUGAAACCAUGGACUUUAGCCAUUUAAGUCGUGAGCAAACUACUCUGAUGGGAUCUGCUUUUUGUGUGAUGCUUACAAUGCAUUUCACACUGCAGCUUCUAUCACAGCAUCUUUUCUACUGGAAAAACCCAAAGGAGCAGAAAGCUAUACUAAUUAUUAUCCUUAUGGCUCCUAUUUAUGCUAUUGACUCCUUUGUGGGGUUAUUGGAUGUUCGAGGAAGCAAAGCGUUUUUCAUGUUUUUGGAGUCAAUCAAGGAAUGCUACGAGGCAUUAGUGAUUGCAAAGUUCUUGGCUUUGAUGUAUAGUUACUUGAAUAUAUCUAUUAGCAAAAAUAUUGUACCUGAUGGAAUCAAAGGAAGAGAGAUUCACCAUUCAUUUCCAAUGACCCUUUUUCAGCCUCGAACAGUUAGGCUGAACCACCAAACACUAAAGCUUCUCAAGUAUUGGACAUGGCAAUUUGUUGUCAUCCGCCCCGUGUGUUCUGUCUUGAUGAUAAUACUGCAACUCCUUGGGUUUUAUCCUUCUUGGUUGAGCUGGACAUUCACUAUCAUCCUUAAUAUUUCUGUUUCAUUAGCAUUAUAUUCUUUGGUAAUCUUUUACCAUGUUUUUGCAAAAGAGUUGGCACCUCACAAGCCACUUGCAAAGUUCUUGUGCAUCAAGGGGAUUGUUUUCUUCUGUUUUUGGCAGGGAGUGGUGCUUGAAAUACUUGUUGCGGUGGGCAUUAUUCGAUCUCAUCAUUUCUGGUUGGAUGUGGAGCACCUUGAGGAAGCUCUUCAAAACGUAUUGGUGUGUCUAGAGAUGGUUGUUUUCUCUGUUCUCCAGCAGUACGCAUACCAUGUUUUCCCAUAUAGUGGAGAAACUGAAGCUAAGAUGAAGCUAGGCAAGAAAAAUGAAUGAUAUUGGAUGCCCAAACUCCAAUUGGAAGAAAAAAUGUGUUCCUAUGGUAUUAGAAUAUGAGCAUGUGAAUGCUUAUGCUUUAUGUUGUAAUUGUUUUUGUAUAUCAAACAUGAAUAUAUGCAAGAAAGACAUUUCUUGAGGAA